AGGAGGGAUCCGGUGUCCGCGGGCCGAGCGGCUCGAGCGGAGUUAGUUUUUAUCAUCAGGUUCCGGAAUCCAGUGGGUCACCAUAGUCCAAACCCCUUGGGUCACGGGCAACUACAACCCCAGUGGGUCACUGUGAUCCAGAAUCCACUAGGUCACUUGGGGGCCCUGAAUCCAGUGGAUCACUGCAGUCUUAAAUCCAGUGUUAAAUUGUGAUCCACAAUUCAGUUGGUCACCAUGGCCUGGAGGUGAUCGGAAUCCUGAAGAUCAGUGGGUCAUCACAGUCCUAAAUCCUGAGGGUCAUCGGUAUCUUAAAUCCAAUGGGUCAUCAGGUUCCUCUGUCCCAGUAGGUCAUCUGGGUCCUGCGUCCCAUUGGGUCAUCUGGGUCCUGAGUUCCAGUGGGUCAUUCGGGUCCUGAGUUCCAGUGGGUCAUUCGGAUCCUGAGUCCCAGUGAAUCAUCUGGGUCCUGCGUCCCAUUGGGUCAUCCAGUUGGUGGUAGUCAGACUGGUCUGCUGCAAUGGUCAAUGGCAGGGUUUGGGGUUGACUUGUUCUUUUUGGAUUGUACUGAGAGACACUAGGAGCUGUGACGAUGAAGUGCCUCCUAAUUGCCAGUGAGAGUGCCCAGGUCCUCUUUUACUGGACGGACCUGGAAUUUGAAGUGAGCCUGAGGCAGCGAUUCGAGAAUUUGUUGGAGCAACACAGAGAGAUGUCUCCAGCUUUUGAAGACAGCAUAAACACACUAUUUGCACCACUUCUCAUUUCCUGCAUUACCCUGAAUGAAAAGAUCUCAGACACAUACACUUCUUUCGUUAGUGAGAAUAACUACCUCUUUGUACUGCAUCAGUUUGGGGAGUGCACGUAUGUCGCGGUGAAUGGAGAUGGUUCAGAGAAUGAAGAUGAUUUGAGACGGAAGAUUUUUGUGUUGAAGAAGAUUAUUGAUGUGUGCUUUGGUCUGGUGACUCUGGAUAAAAGUAUCCUCAAGAAAAAGUUGCGGCCGCAAGAUACAGAGCAACGGUCGAAAGUUUGGAAGAUGUUACAAAGUCUGCUAAUUACUUACAGCCAUCUGAGAGAGGAAGACCAGAGUUUCCUUGUGGAGGCUGUGGAGCGACUGAUCCACCCUCAGUUGUGUGAGCAGUGCAUUGAGUUCUUGGAUCGCAAGGUAGUCCAGCAGAUAAACAGUAGUAUGGAGCGGGCGAACGAGGAGGUUGUGCACAGUUUUAUCCUAGUACACACCAAACUCCUGGCAUUCUUUUCAAGUCGUAAUGCCAGCUCCCUGAGAACUUCAGACUUACUCUUACUUAUUCUGAUUGCCCAAGAUCUGUACCCAAGUGACAGCGACUUAGAGGCACUAACUGUCGAGGAUCUGGAGAAUGCACCAGUAACUGAAGAGGUUAAUGCUCCUGAAUUGUCACUUGGUGCACAUGGAGAAGAAGACUCAGUGGAGAGCAGUUUGUGUACAUCCCAACUCACCAACUCCGUUAUCCAGGUUUCAGAAGAGACCCAGCAGCCAUCACUUCUUUCAGGGAGUUCUGCCCCCAAAAGAGUUUUCCUUGAUGCCAGUCUAAAGGAUAAUUACUGCCCCAUGAUGCCUCACAACAUGUACUGCUUGUCCCUCUGGCCUGGGAUCUCUCUGGUUCUGCUUACAAAGCAGAUGUCAUCCAGUCAUGUUGCGGUGUCUCUAUAUCAGCUUUUGGAUGCAUUCAAUGUUCUAGAGGCCAAGCUAAGUGAUGGACAGGAACUGGGCCAUUCUUCACGGAUUUACCCUAACAUGCCUGACCUUCGACAGAGGAUGGAGAAGUUUGUAAAGGCUGUCGGAGUCCAGAAACGUCAGCUGCAGUCUGCUUGGGUGGACUUCAAGAACAAAGCAUUUUCCAAACCUGAUGCUGGAAGUUCUCAAGAACUCUUACAAGCAUGUCGGAAUGUGAAGAGCCAACUGUGCUUAGUGUAUCAGCAGUACUUCCUGUUGAAACCUGCAGGCGACUCUCAGCAUUUGACUCUGAACCUACAAACCAAGAUACUAAAAAUUGUUCAGGAGAAGCUGAUGGACUGGAAGGAUUUUCUCUUGGUCAAGAGCAAGAGGAACACUACAGUGAUCUCCUAUCUGAAAGAUUUCCCAGGACUCAUUCAUUUCAUCUAUGUGGAUCGGACUGUUGGUCAAAUGAUUGCACCUUCCUUAAAUGUAUCAGAAAAAUCCACAGAGCUGGGGAAAGGACCAUUGGCUUCAUUUAUCAAAAGCAAGGUGUGGUCUCUGGUUGGUAUGGGACGCAGGUAUUUGCAGAAGGGAUACACCACACUCACAUUCCGUGAUGGAGACUACUACUGCUGCUAUUUCCUUUGGUUUGAGAAUGAAAGUGGUUACAAGUUACCAGUCAUAGAACUGCCAGUGCUGUCUGAUGACUCUGCUCCGAUUGGGAUUUUAACUGGUGAUUAUUACAGGAAGCUACUGCGAUAUUAUGGCAAGAACCACAGCUUGGAGGUGAUCAAGUGCUUUGAGCUGCUCACUAUCCACCUGGGUGUCAUUCCCACAGAGUUCAUCAUUCAGCAAUGCUCUGACCUGGCACGCAGGUUGUGGGAACCCUCACGCAUCCCAAUCCUUUAAACAACAGGACAAAGAUCACUGGAAGCUUGGAGGCUGGUCUUCUGUGUUGAGGUUUCUCCUCUUGGAUGUGAUUUCCAUGUUCAGUAAACAUGACCCAAAACUGUAUUAACAUUCCAGCAAAGCUGACAUAAAAACGGAACUGCAUGGUGACUCCUGAAAAUGAACUUCAGAAAAUUGGACAUUCUUUGUGAUGUAGCAGUGGUUCUAUGCUUUUCUAGUUCUCCUGCUUAAUAAACUUAAUCUUUACCAA